AUGAACUUGGAUUACAAUUCUUCAAGUUCAAGUGAUGACCAGUUUGAUGAUAUGGUCAAUAACAUGAUUUUAUACAAUGCGUAUCUUGAAGAACAAGAAGACUACGUAAUUCAACAAGCUGUUCAAACAGGUGUUGCUCCAAUCAUAGAAACCACUCAAAGAAGAUCUCCCAAAAAAAAAAAGAAAAUUAUUCCAAGAGAUCGUGAUGAUGCAAAUCAUAGGUUAAUGAACGAUUACUUUGUUAAUCGUCCUCUAUAUACCGAAGACAUGUUCCGACGUAGGUUCCGUAUGCAUCGUCCUCUUUUCGUUCGACUUGUGGACGCAGUCGCUGCGCAAGAGCCAUACUUUCAACAACGACCAGACACAACUGGGAAGCUAGGUGCCUCCACUCUUCAAAAAUGCACAGCAACAUUGAGGUGUCUACCAUAUGGAUCGGAAUCUGACGCAGUCGACGAGUACAUCAAAAUUGCUGAAUCAACAGCAAAGGAGUGCCUUUUGCACUUUGUGCGAGGAAUUCGAAAAGCUUUUACGAUCGAGUACUUAAGAGGCCUACAGUAA